UUCCCACUACCACGCCCGUCGUCAGGAAUCAAGAUGCCAUCGGUCGCCGAACUGGUUUGACGAGAAGGAGAUCUCGACGAAUCCGUGACGCCGACGUGGAUUUCCUAUUAUUUAUUUGAUUGACCAGUCGAGACAGCGCCAUCUCUUCCAUCAUCCUCUUUGUCGCCAUGGAUCUUGCCAACGGGCGGGACGACGCCCAGAAAGGAGGCGUCGGUGUGGAGACAAGGAGGAAAAAGAAGGUGGAGCUUGUGCAGGAUUCCAUCCAUGGCUUCCUGGAGGAGAAGUGGAGCGAUGGCAAGGGAGAAGAGAAGCGCUUGACGUCCAGGCAGGAGGAGCAGGAGCUCCUGUCGUCGUUGCUAACCAAGUUGGGUGAAGUAGAAAACGACGCAGAUUCGGACAUGUUGGAACCAAACUUGCCCCACCUGGAUCACCAGGCUGCAGGGAAAGGCGAACACAGCAAGGAGGUGGAGCUAGCUGACAUCGCCAAGGAACUGAACAAGAUCAAGAGGCAGAACAAGGUCACCCACCUACUCCUCGGCACCGUCAUCGUCCUGACGGCCGUGUGGCAGGUCAACGAGGUGUCCUUCCUCCUCUGGGUGCGGAACAAGCUGAGCAACCCAUUCAAGUCGCUGGGAGACAUGAUCAAGGGCUCCCUCAAGCUAAGAGGUAGGAGGCCGGUGCUCGAGUCGUCGCCAUUGCCGCUGGCAGGCGUCCCCGAUGUCAGCCGGCCUGACCUGCCAACGCUUGUCAUCGGCAGCACCGAAGACAGGGCAGGUAAAUAAUCUACUUGUGUGGUGAUCCUAGGAUGAAAAUGCCCAACACCUGUGUUUAUUUGUCUCGCUUUGUUGUGUGUUCGUCAAAGCUGAGAUUAGCAACUUGCUUGCAACGAUUUCCGUUAGUCUGGCCUUGUUCGUUUAAUCGUCAACCCAAGGAGUUGAGAGAGAUUUUGAC